UUGUUUUCCAUCGGAAGUACACGCUUUAGUCGAGUGUAGUCAGUGUAGUGCUUUGCCCAGUGCAAUACGUGAUGCCAGUGCUAGUUUUAUUUACUUAUCCGUAAACAAAUCCUUUCAAAAAUGAUAGCCAACGGCCGUGUGGUCGGGGACGGUACCUGGGACCUUCGAGUCUUCGUCACCGAUCUACAAACAGAACGAUUGAUCCGAGUCAAAGGGGAUGUACACGUGGGGGGUGUCAUGCUAAGGCUCGUAGAAGACUUAGAAAUAUCAAUGGACUGGUCAGAUCACGCCCUCUGGUGGCCGGAAAAGAACGUCUGGUUAUCCAGAACCAGAUCGACAUUGGACCAAUGCGGCGUCCACGCCGAUGCGCUGUUGCAUUUCACGCCCAUGCACAAGGUUCUCAGGGUGCAAUUGCCCGAUCUAAGGUAUUUGGACAUGCGCGUGGACUUUUCCAUAAAAACCUUCUCGGCGGUAGCGCAAAUAUGCAAGGACCUCGGCAUCAGGCAUCCGGAGGAAUUGUCCCUGUCCAAACCGUUGGAGUACAAUCAUUUGAAGUACAACUACAAGGAUAUGCCGAAGAAAAAAUCCGAGCAAAAUCACAACGGCCAUCUGGCGGCCGAUACGAAUACUUUCAUAGCGAACAGCAGUCCCGGGGGGAGUACGGGCAGUUUGGACAAUUCUCCCUUUUCGUGCGCUCCCGUUACGCCUUCCAGGGGACCAGCCAGUUCAACGCCUGUUACCUCUCCUACCGGAAAUGGUACAUGGAAGAAGAACGGUUUCAUGAAUUCUUCGGACUUGAACAACACUCUAAACUAUUCCGGAAACAGUACGAGUUUGGAACAAUUGGACAAUUUGGAUAAUUCUCUAGCGCACAGUCCAACCAUACCGAAUCCGGAGGCCAGAAAACACCUCGUCAGGCCUAAAUCUCUGGUAGAAAAAGCCCGCAUGAACGUUGCCUGGCUGGAUUCUUCAUUGUCGAUAAUGGAACAAGGCGUGAGAGAACACGAUAAGCUCUGUUUGAAAUUCAAAUUCUACUCGUUCUACGAUUUGAAUCCGAAAUACGACGCUGUCAGAAUAAAUCAGAUAUUCGAGCAGGCCAAAUGGCAAUUGCUGAACGAGGAAAUCGAUUGCACCGAAGAAGAGAUGCUCAUGUUCGCCGCUUUGCAGUUGCAAGUUAAACUGCAAGCAGAUCAACCUCAACCACAACCUAGGUUCGAUAACGGAAAAUCUAGUUCUCCGGUCUUUGAAGAUGACAUCGAAGCGGCCUUGAAUAAUCUACAAACAACGUUGGAAGGUUCCAGUAUUGGUACAUAUUCGAAUGAUAUUACACAAGUGCCGGAAUUGAGGGAUCAAUUGAGGUUUUUGAAGCCCAAACGGUUCACGUUGAAAGCGUACAAGAAAUACUGGUUCACCUGCAGAGAUUUGCAUUUGUACAUGUACAAAAGUCGCGAGGAAAUGAUGCACGGGCAAAAUCCGGUGUUGAACGUGAAUCUGAAAGGUUGCGAAGUCACUCCCGACGUUAACAUAACGCAGGGCAAGUACGUUAUCAAGCUUGAGGUUCCCGGAACCGAUGGCAUGUCGGAAAUGUAUGUGCGUUGCGACGAUGAAACUCAAUACGCCAGAUGGAUGGCUUGCUGUCGAUUGGCGGCCAAAGGACGAUCGUUGGCAGACAGUUCUUACGAAACCGAAAAACAGACCAUAUUGGAUUUCCUGAGUCUGCAAAAACCAUCGGAACAGCCUGUAUUGAAUCCGGAAAAUUUGGAUCUACAAAUCGAAGAUUACAUCGCUCCCAAGUACUUGAAGAAAUCCAGGGGAAAGUUAACCCAACGGAUCAUCGAAGCCCACGCGAACGUCAAGAAUCUUUCCCUCGUCGACGCUAAACUGAACUACAUCAAGGCCUGGCAACUUUUGCCCGAUUUCGGCAUCUCUUUGUUUACGGUGAAAUUUAUGAAUUCGAAAAAAGAGGAUUUACUAGGCGUAGGGUACAACAGGUUGAUGAAGAUGGACGUGAAUACGGGCGAUCAUCAGAAAACGUGGCGUUUCAAUACGAUGAAGGCGUGGAACGUGAAUUGGGAGAACAAGACGAUGAUGGUGCAAUUCGAAGAGGAGAAUAUUGUAUUUGGUUGUCUAUCUGCCGAUUGUAAAGUCGUUCACGAAUUCAUAGGGGGGUAUAUUUUCUUGUCGACGAGAUCGAAGGAGGCCAGUCAGACGCUGAACGAGGAGUUGUUUCACAAAUUGACUGGCGGUUGGGCGUAGAUCACGCGAUAUCGCGUUAAAAACGGGCCUUUAUAAUCGACUAAUUGUUUAAUUUCGGUAUUUCCCGGUUGUUUGGUAUUGUUCUCUGUUAAUAUACAGGGUAUAUGUUAGGUACGGUUUCGUUUGAGGAAAUGAUCUGGAAAUUAAAUUGUGCCUUCUAAAAUUGCAUUAACUCGAAUAUAAAUAUCGAUUGAUUGUAACGGCAUUUUUGUGUUGGUUACAAAUGACUAAUUAUUUUAUAAUAUUAAAAAUUGUAACUAAAUAAGUUUAAUUUCUAUAGCGUUAUACCGCUUAAAUUUUUUUUAACAGUGUAAAAUAUUUUAUCCUAUAAAAUGUAUUUGUUAAAUUUAUUUGUACAUAAAAUAAUUGUCAGUAUUUUGAUAUACCUUUUUUUUUCGGUACAUUAUUUAUUACUAGAAUUUUUAAACUCCAAAUAAUGAAACUUGUUGCCUUUUAAUGUUAAUUAUUAAUGUUACU